AUGCUCGGCGCCAGCGGCCGGCGGGGACCCAGCACACCUGAGCGUCCGCAGCUCGGCCUGGCACCCAGCCUGGGCGUCCCGCGUCCGGCCAUGACGGCACACUCCUUCGCCCUCCCGGUCAUCAUCUUCACCACGUUCUGGGGCCUCAUCGGCAUCGCCGGGCCCUGGUUCGUGCCGAAAGGACCCAACCGCGGAGUCAUUAUCACCAUGCUGGUGGCCACGGCUGUCUGCUGUUACCUCUUCUGGCUCAUCACCAUCCUGGCUCAGCUGAACCCCCUCUUUGGGCCGCAGCUGAAGAAUGAGACCAUCUGGUACGUGCGCUUCCUGUGGGAGUGA